AUGGCGACCAAUUCGAUCAAGUUGCUCACUGGCAACAGCCACCCGCAGUUGGCCAAACUGGUCGCGGACCGACUGGGAAUCGAGCUUUGCAAGGUGAUGGUGCUCCAGUAUUCCAACAAUGAGACCUCAGUAACCAUCGGAGAGUCCGUUCGAGAUGAAGAUGUUUUCAUCCUUCAAUCCACCGCCCCAGGCGACAUCAACGAUGGCCUCAUGGAGCUUCUCAUCAUGAUCAACGCGUGCAAGACGGCGUCUGCCCGCCGCAUCACGGCCGUGAUCCCCAACUUCCCGUACGCCCGCCAGGACAAGAAGGAUAAGUCCCGCGCGCCGAUCACGGCGAAGCUCAUGGCGAACAUGCUGCAGACAGCGGGAUGCAACCAUGUCAUCACUAUGGACCUGCACGCGAGUCAGAUCCAGGGCUUCUUCAACGUCCCCGUGGACAAUCUGUACGCCGAGCCAAGCACUCUGCGUUGGAUAAAGGAGCACUUGAACGUCAAGGAAUGCGUGAUUGUCAGUCCCGACGCGGGUGGAGCCAAGCGAGCCACCUCCAUCGCUGACGGCCUUGACCUCGGCUUCGCUCUCAUCCACAAAGAACGCCCCCGCCCCAACGAAGUCUCCCGCAUGGUCCUCGUCGGCGACGUCACCGGCAAGAUCGCCAUCAUUGUCGACGACAUGGCCGACACCUGCGGCACCCUGGCGAAGGCCGCCGACGUGGUCAUGCAGCACGGGGCGAAGGAGGCCAUCGCCAUCGUCACGCACGGGAUCCUGAGCGGCAACGCAAUCGAGGCACUCAAUGGGAGCAGGCUGACGAAGGUAGUUGUGACGAAUACAGUGCCGCAUGAGGAGAAGAAGGAGAAGUGUAGCCGGUUGGAGACGAUCGAUAUUAGCCCGACGCUGGCAGAAGCGUGCCGCAGGACGCACAACGGCGAGAGCGUGUCGUUCCUCUUCAAACACGCCCCGGUCGACUAA